GCUCAGGAUGACGAGUGUAUAAUGGAGGAAAGUGACGUCAUCACAGAUGUGCGCCAUGUUUGUCUUGGUGCCAUAGACCUAGUCACAAAUCCAUCUGUCGAGGAAAACAACGGAAAUGAUGACGGCUUCAGCCUGCAAGAUCGUCUCCGACGACUGAGGACUAGAACAUCGAUAAUGUUCCGAAGUCUAAGGUCUCUCAAAAUCCAUUUUCAACAUCGGGUAGAUAAUGCUUGUAUGGAUGAAGGAUUUAUCAGUGAUAUAAACCGUCCAUGUCUGGAGCCUCUCGACUUCGGAAGUUCACAGUUAUCGCCUAUUCACGAUGAAGCACAGUUGCUGCGUCGACUCGAACAGGAUUAUACAUCCCUAACGAUGGUUGCCGGGGUAAUGGAACUUAUGCCUGAGGACAGUGUCACAGAACAAGCAACGACAAUGACAGAGGCAAAUGUCAGCGUACAGAGCACUCUCUGUGAACUGUUCCUUACAAUAUUGAAAAUAAGGCGCAAUGCUUAUUUAUCAGGACAACUUUUGGAAAGCCACGUGAGCGGAAGUGGUUUGUACAAUGCCGUCGUUCCAUGGUGCUCAGUUAGAAGCAUGGUGUGCCGCGACGAAAGGAAUUUUAUCAUAUUGUCACGGAUUGUGCGAUUUGUCGGUAUAUUUAAAAGCACAAUGAGGGCAAUAGACAUUUGAUGACGUGACGUUGAUCAAUUAUCAUUAUAUACCUCAGAUUUUUUACCCAAUUUUAUAUCAUUCCCAGUGUUAUUUUUUCUUAAAAUUUGUUUUUU